CGCCGCGGUAGCCCGGCCAAUGCACAUGCGCUGAAGACCAACGACUGGCGCCUUUGAAGUUUGGCAGUGCAAUGGGUAACCUGGUUACGUCACACAAAUCGCGAACUUGUGAAAGCUGCCCCAGUGACGGUGGAGCCUCUACUGGAUACUUCAAUUCGUCUCCAUCCUUUCACCCCUUGGUCGCUCAGUUCGAAGCGUCUCUCGGUCGCCCACCAACAAACUGUGGCCGAAAUAACAAGGUGUGGAGCUGGAUGAACACAGCAGACCAAACUGCAUUGUCGGAGCCGGAAAGGUGACGUUUCGGACCUAGACCCCAAACUGUGGCCGCCCGCUCGAAUGUGAAAGGACCGUCAGUCACAGACUCUUCAAUGUGAUUGGCUAGUUGGUUGUAGUUCUGGCCAAUCGCGACGUGGUAUUGUUUUCACCUAUGGGGAAGGUGAUUGGCUCUCAACUGAAUGGUGCCAAAUUUAAAUCCUGAGAAGGCGAACUGGCUGUCAAUUGGGGGUCUCGGCCCGAAACGUUAACUUUUGUGCUCCUGAGAUGCUGCUUGUCCUGCUGUGUUCAUCCAGCCUCACAUUUUAUUAUCUUGGAUUCUCCAGCAUCUGCAGUUCCCAUUAUCUCUGUCAAUUGUGGGGCUGAAUUGUCGGCUGAAUUCCGAUUGGCGGGCGGGCGACGCGACUCCGCCAGCUGUCCAAUCGUCAGGUCGUUUCUUCAAUGUGGGCGUGGCAUGCGUCCAACGUCAUAAUAAGUGGGCGUGACUAAGGGGCAGGGGCGAAAACGGCUGGGAGCACGUGCUGGAGAGGGGUGGAGCAAAUGGCGGGCGCGGGCAGCACGCUGGGGAAACCGAAGAAGGCGCAGGGGAAGAGCGCGCCGCCGGCUUCGGAGAAGGCCGGGGCCUCGCACCAGGCCAAGGGGGCCCACUCACCAUCCGAGGUGGGCACGUCGCGUGGCAAGGGCGGGCCACUGAAGGCCGAUCUAGCACCGUCGGAAAGAGGUAGGAUCGCCAAGGACUUGGCGAAAUCCUCCGAGAAAGGCACCCCGCCGUCGACGCCCGCCAAGGCAACGGGGGGCAUUCCCCUGAAAACCAUCAACAGCAAGACCCAGUUUGACAAGUAUAUCAAAGACGCUGGCGAACGCCUGGUGGUCAUCUUCUUCUCGGGCACCUGGUGUGAGACGUGCCAGGGCCUGAAGCCUGUCAUGAGGGAGAUCGCACAGGUCAACAACCUGGUGCACUUCUACGAAGUGAACGUCGACGACUCGGAGGACACGGCCGAAGCCUGCGACAUCAUCCACAUUCCGACCUUCCAGUUCUACAAAUUGGGCAAGAAGGUGGCCGAAGUCCUGGAUGACAGCCGAGAAUCUGUGGAGGAAAAGAUCAUGGAAUUGAAGUAGACUUGUCCCGUUAAGUAAUAAAAGCAAAACAAUCCGGAAGGAAUGCAAACCUUUUCGAGCCAAACUGCCUUCAAGUCUAAUGUCCAAACGUUUUCUUACCUGGUCUCUUCCCUGUCUUGAAAAGCAGCCUUGCUUGUUGUGAUAGAUGACCCCCUCCUCCCAGUUCGAAGCUAAAGUGGAAGAGCCUAGUUGAACAUUGAUACGUUCUGUCCUUAUCUGCCCUCUUUCUGCUUUUAUCCUUUGAAAAUGAUCUGAAAAUAAAUAUGAAGACAGCCCUAUCCCAACAUUCCAAGUGCAAACUCCCCCUUUUAAAAAUGCUGGUGCUCUGGUCUAAAUAGGGGGGAAACCUAUUAUUCUUGAGAGAGGACUCAAUAACAAUAUCCUGCUCUUGAGAAUGUGCAGGGUAUUGGAUUUUCCAACAGGUUGGUGCUAAUAAAGUGUUUGCUGUAUUUCUUGACUAUACUUAUAUAUUUCUACAGACUAUUUCUCAACCUGCAGUGUGAGAAGAUCCAAAUCUCUUUGUUUUCAAGAGCAGCAGAUUUUUCAUUUCAAAAAUGUUAAAUCUGCUUGUUGCCUCACAAGUGGAAGUAGGAUAGGGCCAUACAACCCCUAAAGCCAUCUGUGCAAUUCAUUAAGAUCACACAGUUAAUCUCCUACCUCACUUUCUUGCUGCUUCCCAAUAAGCUUUGGUUCCCAGUUGAAUAGCUGCAGUUCUUGAAGAUAGCAGAUACCAAAGGUACACAACCCUCUUUGGGAAGAAAUUUAUCCUCACCUCAGUCCAAGUUGGCUGAACUAUUAUUCCUGAAACGUUGCCCCUGAUUCUAGAUUCUUAAACCAUUCAGCAUCCAAUGCAAGCCCUCUUGGAAUUUUUCACAUGGUUUUUGAUUUUCCAUGUGUCACUGUGGCAAUGCUGUUUAUUUGGAUUGGACAGCCAAAAACAGAUGCUGUCUACAUUGCCAUGUAUUAUCAGCAGCUAACCCUAAACAAACAUGCACUGCAUUUGUGAAUUUAUUGCCAGCUGUUAUACCUCUCAAUAAGAAAACUGUUGAAUGGCAGAGGGUGGAACUGAGAGAUGACAGCACACCCCCCCGGCCACUAACAUUUUUUAUUCAAUUCCAGAAAAUAAAUAUUUACUGUGCUGUUCACCAACCAGAGGUAGCUAAGUCAAUUUGUUCUCAUCACAUAUUACUGUUAUUUAAAUAGUUAAAUCUCUACCUGCCUUAACAGGAUCUCUUGAGUUGUACUGCUCUUUGUUUUAUGAUGUAGGUUUUUAUUGUCAGGAUCAAAAUAAAGAUUCAUUUUCAACAUUUUUUUCAGCAACAAGAAUAGGUGGUGGGAAAAAUGUCUGUUUAAAUCAGUCUCUUUUCAUUUAAAGAAUUUGAAUCAGAACUUCUCACUAAACCUGAACAGUACUUUCAGAAUUUGGCUGUCUGUAUUUUACUUAUUGAUUGCUUGGCAUUGUCAUUCAAACACACAUGAUUUAAACAAUAGCUCCUACAGUGAUCAUUUGUAUAGCAUUUGAUGUGAAAAAUAUUCUGCUUUCUGACUA